AUGUUUUAGAAGAUAUUGAAUCAACAAGUGAUGCAUUAAGUAGGUUUUCUAAAUCAAUAAAAGUAGGAAGACAUGAAUAGAAGAGUAGUAAAAGAAAUGAAGUUGUGGAUAAAGAAAUAAAAACAUUGCAUGAAGUAUUUAAUUGGAAAGCUCAUCUAAAAAUGAAUUAAUUUGUGAAAUAAUUCUUUAGAAAAAUAAGGAUGAAACUACUCCAUCCAUUUAUAUUAAUAAAUUUGAGAAUCAAUUAAAAUAAAUACAACAAUCUACAAUAAAAAAAUUGGCACAUAAACAAUUCUCCAUUAAAAAAACAACAAUAUAUCAGUAUUAAUGCCAGCAUUCCAUGUAUGAUAUAAUUAUUCUAAUUUUACAUAGAUAAAUCUAAAAGUUGUUGGAAGUGAAUCAUUUGGAGUUGUACAUGAAGUAAGCCAAUUUAAAUAAAAGGCGUAAUAAAAUGAGACAGGAAAAAUUGGAGCAAUAAAAAAUUAUACAAGAUAUUAGAUAUAAAAAUAGGAAGAUACUGUAAGAAUUACAUCAUAUUAAUGUACUUAAAAUGAAACAUGUAUUCUUUACUCAUGAUGAAAACAAAGAUGAAAAUAAUCUUAAUGUUACACUUUCCUGA